AGCCAUGUGAUAAAACUUGCAGGCUGAAAUUUCUCCCUCUGCUUCUCACCCCCUUCUCUCCUCUCCUCUUCUUUCCAGACAUGCCAAAUUACUCUGGCAGUCCUAGAUGUGUCUCUCGGCUGUGCUGCUGCUGCUGCUGCUGCUGCCUCCGCCUCUGAUUCUCCCCUUCCAGAUGUUGACAGGCUCCAAACUGAAUCGGUGGCUCCAGAGGCACAACGGCUCUUCUCCCCUCUGUGUGGAAUCCGAAGGGGGAAUGCAACGGCAGAAGGGCAGGCAGAAAGGCAAAGUUGCAUAUUUUUCCGGCAGCGCACGGAAGCAAUUACCCAGAGCGCAUUCCACAGAGGUUUGAAUUGUGAGCAGGUCCUGCUGGUCAUUUUUUUUUUCCCUGAGUGAGAAGAAGUGUGGAGGAAAGAAGAAGAAAAAAGGGAGAGAAAAAGGAAAGGAAGAAAGCUGCCUGUCUCACAUACACACAGAGGCGGAAUGUCUGUGCUUUCCAUCCUCCUGCUAGCCUCCUGUUGUACUUGGAUGUCACAAGCUCAGACCGAAUUUAAAAGGGUGGCCGAAGCAAACGUAACUUUGCCCUGCCUUCAUCGCCUGCACCUUCUGGAGCCAGCGAGUCUGGAUAUAGAGUGGCUGCUAAAGAAUUCUGAAGCUGAACCGAAAGUGGUGAUCACUUAUGCAGGAGGCAACAUCUAUCAUGAUAUGAUCGAAGAACAGAAGGGCCGUGUUUCAUUUGCCUCCAAUUUCCUGAGUGGAGAUGCGUCUUUGGAGAUUUCUCUCCUGCAGCCAAGCGACUCUGGGCAAUAUACGUGCAAAGUUAAAAAUGCUGGACAGUAUGAAUGGACACACAUCACUCUGAAGGUUCUAGAAAAACCUUCGAAACCCAAAUGCUGGAAGGAAGGGGUGGCAUCUGAAGGAAAAGAAAUCACUUUACAAUGUAACUCCGUCUCCGGCACAGCCCCUAUCAUGUACAUGUGGCAGCGUGUAGACGCAAAGGGGAAACUUGCCUUUCUGCCGCCCUCCACACGUCACAAUCUGUCUAAUCCUGCCCAAAUUAUUGUGAAGAAUCUCACGUGGACGUUCACAGGAUCUUACCAGUGUACUGCCUCCAAUGAAGCCGGAGAGGAGAGCUGUGUCGUACAGGUGACAGUGCAGCGUCCCCCAAAUGUCGGCAUCGUUGCCGGAGCAAUCUGUGGAGUAAUGGGAGUAUCCUUGCUCAUUGUCUUGGCUGUGUGGCGAACUAUCAAAAGGAAAGAAAAAAAUAAAUAUGAAGAAGAGACUCCAAAUGAAAUCAGGGAAGAUGCAGAGGCACCCAAGGCCCGAUUAGUCAAGCCUGGCUCUUCCUCUUUGGGCUCCAGAAGUUCACAUUCUGGUUCUUCUUCAACAAGAUCCACAGAAAACAGUGCCUCCCGCAGCCAGCAAACCCUGUCAACAGAAGCUACUCCACACCUAACACCGACGCAGCACAGCCCCCUUGAAAUGAAUGGCAGGAAAACUGAGCCAAAGAGAAGUAACUACACCAGUUUGAUCAAAACGGAAGUGACCUCUACAAUGGUGCCUGCUCAAAGUCGAGCUUUCCAAACCGUCUGAUUACUGUUCCAUCCAGCUCUAUCUAUAUCCAUAAAUUACAUGCACUGCCAACAUUAUGCAAUUAUUUUAUUUUCCAAUGCAACAUUGGUUUUCUAUAGUCAUGCACAUACACACAAAGAACAAAAACCCUCAAUAUUUUUUUAUCCUUGUUUUUUGAGGUACAAGCAGACUCGGGAAAGAGAACUCAUGUUGACCUUGUAAAAACAAUUAUUUCUAUUUUUUUAAUAUUUUAAUUUUUGAGAUUAAAGCUUGGAAGGAGAAAAGGGAAUGCUAACACAUCAGGAAUAGCAUUUUGCAGUUUUGGACCCUUUUUUUUUUUUAAAGAAUACUGUGGAAUAGAGAUGUUCCAGUAGAAUUCUUAAGGGAAAAUGAAAUGCAUAUGUAUACAAUUGUCUUCUCAAUUGUGACCUCUGUUUUUCACUGCUAAUGUUAAGUCUGAUCAGCUUCAAGAGAAAAUUGACAGGACUUUGCAUGUGCCCUUUUCUUGAAUUAUCAAUAUUUGGACACAUCACCAACAAAGCAAAAAACAGUAACUUUGGGGAAAAGCGAAAAGCAGUAUUAGAUUUUAAUUGGUCUUCUUUACUGGAGGGACUUUCUGUGAACAUGGAAGUGCAUUAAUUUAAAAAGGUACGUAUGACUGAAUACGGCUAAAGAAUAUAGACAUUAGCCCACUGUGACCAAGCUAAUGUAUUUGUAUGUAUGUAUAUAUUCAUAAAUAAUAAGCAAUUCCACUAAAGGGAAUUUAUAUCCUAAUGGAUCAUUAGAAUGUGAGAUCAGCAUCAAAUCCUGAAUUCCAUUUACAAGUUUUUAAAAAUGUUUUUUUUUAAAUAUUGUUCUCUAUGCUGGACAUAGUGACAUUCAUUUUUAGGAUGAGUAGUGCCAAAGGGUUUUUUGGGGGAGAGAAUUUUUGGUCAGAAUACAAUGUCAUGAUUAGUAAACAUUUUGAGGUAAUAAUCUAGAAAAUGUGAUCAUUUGGAUGGAUAUAGCAUACUCAAACUUAUAAAACUAACAGCAGAAUUUAAAGGAGAUAUAAAGAAUGGAAAUGAGCUGGAAAUGUAGAUUCCAGCACUCGUGUUAAAAAUGUUUUCAUCUCUCCAAAGUGGAAAGACUCAUCUAUGGACAGAACUAGUAUCAUCCAGCUUUAACGAUAAGAAAAUGCAAGUUGUUUGACUUCAAGUGCCAACUAGAUUGCAAAGCUGAUGAGUUUUAAACUGAUAUUAUUCCGGGGGGAUUAUUUCCAUCACAUUCUUAAACACAGUCAGCAAGAAGGAAAUAAAAGUACCACUAGACUCAUAUAUUAUAAGAGUAAUUUAUAAAUGGUGACUUAGGAUUCAAAAGUAGGAUGUGCAUGUGCUAAUACAAGGCAGUCAGUAUUACAGAUCUUAUAAGGCUGUGACAGAAAGCUAUUUUCACAAGAAAUAAGAAGCAGGUUUCCAGCUAUACAACAGACACACUUAAUUUAGAAGUCUCCAUAACAAAAUUUCUGGAGUAUCUUGAAGCACAUUCAACUAUGAUUAAAGUCAGCAUUGCAUGAAUUCCUGAGCUGAGUCUUAUAUAUGCUCACUCAGAAGUUAAGAACCAGACAUGGCAGGCUUCCUGUCUGCUUGUUUAGAAUGUUAGGAUUAUUUCAUCCCUCUCAACCAAGCUAGUUUAUCUCUUCACAGACCUUAAACUGAAUAUUUAAAAAGCAAUUUGGCUUACAACCUAUCAUCAAGUCCCAUAACACAGAACUCAACAGGAAGACAGUAAAAUCCAAGGCAGACAAACUAUUUCAUCACUUUACUUAUACCAAAGCCCAGCAUAAUGCAGGUUAUCAAAUAAUGAUGAAUUAUCCCAAGCUGUUUCCACCACCUUUUGAAUCAAAAAGCUAUUUAAAUCUUAUUUUAAAGUUGAUGUUUAGUGAAUGAGGUAUAGAAAUCAAAUAGGAAGAUCUGCUACAAAAUAGAGCAGACCUAUCUUAAUUGGGGGGUGGGGGGGAAUAUAGGCACUGUUAUUUCUGAAAAAGUGACUGACACCUUGACAAAAUUCCCAUUGGAAAGAAUGGGGAAUCACAAAAUUUAGUAUAUGGAGACAUGUUUCUUGAAAGAUAAAUUGGCCAUACACACUCUAUUAGCUUUCAACUUUAAUAAACAUCCACUGCACAGGAAGUGAAAAAUGUUUCCCUAAAUUACAUGCAAAUAUAUACCAAAUCCAAACAUGAAUCAUUCCCAAUGCCACCUCAAUCAUUAGCACAAAAACUAUGCUUAAAUGUUAGUAAAAUGCAACAAAACUCAGACACCCCAUUCUAUAAAUUCAUACACACAAAAAUGUUUUUUAAAAUCCUGAAAGUUCUGCCUUUUAAGUCAGCAAAAAGUAUGCAUGCACCCCAUCUGCCAAUUAAGCACCUCUCUACCCCAUCAGUGCUCUUUAUGGUUAUUUUUUUUCAGCUCCUUGGUUUGUGUUCAUUCUUCAAAAACCACCUACUCCAGCUAUCUAAAACCAACUCCCUUAAAUUACCCACAUUUCAUUUACUUUUCUAAGCCACUCCUUUCCUCUUAGGUCACUCCGUUUUGAAAGUUUACCCUGCAGCAGCCUGUUUCCUUUUUCCUGAUAAACCUGAGGCCAUCUACGUAUCCAAUCUUUUUCUUUCCUGAAGCUGUAUUUUAUCUAUGGGGAUGCAGAAGUAUGUUGAAAGAAAAUGGAACAGUAGCAGCAAGGCCUCCCAAAUGCCCAAGUGUUGAUUUUGUUGUUUUACAAGUCUUUGAACCAUUUUCUAUUUCAAAAAAUGGGAAGCGUGAAGAAGGACCUGUCUUAUAGGGGGCACAGUGGCAGUCCCUCUAAAACUUGAUAAUCAAGUUACAGAUACAGAUAUUUUGAACCUGUUUAUUUCCACCAACCAAACUCACUGAA